UCCAUUGGGAGGCAUUCACGAUAAAUAGAACCAAUGAUCAUCGCCGAAACCAAUAUCUCUUAACAGAUUCAAAAUUCCAAAUUUCAUAAACAAUGAUCGUGCUUAAAAUUUCCAUGCUUACCACUACAACACAAAAAUCAUGACAAUAGUUUGUUAUAACAAUACAACAAUACUUCAACCUUCUCAAAACAAGAUUCAUUCUUAGCCUUACAAACUCUCUCAUAUUUUCUAAACAACAUAAUCUGUAAAAUAUCAUAACAUCAAUUUGUGUAAAUUUUUGCAGGAAAUCCCAACAGCACAACAGAGCUAAGAUCAUAAGCAAAGGAGAAGGAGGAAGUUUUGAAAUCAAAUCCCUCCACCAUAGCAGAGCCGUUUCCGGCGAUCCACUACAACGACACCAACGACGGCCGUUCACUGUUCUGCCGACGGAAGCUCCCCGCGCAGAUUCAUCACCGCCAUUCCUGACUCCCGAUUAAGAUGCACGCGGAUCAGAACUGGUUCUUCAACAUUGCAGUCUUGUCGAAUCUGAAGAGAAGAAGAGAGAGAUUAAAGAAAAAAGCUAAGUUGGAAGAACCUCACCGAUCCCGUGACCGAUCCAACACUGCAACCAGGCUCCAUCGGACCACACCAACCACAAUUGCAACAGAACCGAUUUUGCUUCGGAAUUAUAUAAAGAGUAUGCACAAAAUCAGCGCAAGAAGCACUGACUCAGAAGCUUCAGCAUGCAACAUCAGAACAUGGUCUGGCAAGACAUCAGAAGAUGGUCAAGCAGAAUCAGAACAUGAUCUAUGGAAGCAUCAGAAGGACUUGGGAUCAGAAGCAGAAGCACUGAAGUUCUCAUGGUAUCACGCUAAGAAGCACUUCAAGGUCAGAAGACAAGAAGAUGCUCUGCACCAAGCUGUUUGACUCUGAUGAUAUUUAAACAUUGUUUACACAAACAUCAGAUCAGAAGCAAGUACAAGAUGGCAGGCUACGCUGUCUGACAAAGGGAACGUUAGUAGCUAUUAAACGCCUAUAUAUUGAAGUUCUGAUGAGAAGCAAGGUUACAAAUUCUGAAUAAUACAUCUGCGCAAAUAUACAGAAACGCUGUCAAAUUCAAAAAGCUCUCAAACUUCAUCUUCAACCUCACUACAUUACUGUUGUAAUAUAUUAGUGAGAUUAAGCUUAAACUUAAGAGAAAAUCACAGUUGUGAUAAUAGCUUUAUAAGAAGCAUUGUAACUCUUAAACGAAUUUGUUUAUAUUAAGUUGUAAGAACUAGAGUGAUCAGGUUGUUGAUCAGUAUACUCUAGAAAGUCUUAGAGGGUAUCUAAGCAGUUUGUUCCUAGAGUGAUCAGGUUGUGAUCAGUAUACUCUAGAAGACUUAGAAGUUGUCUAAGUGGAAAACCAUUGUAAUCUUGUGUGAUUAGUGGAUUAAAUCCUCAGGUGAGGUAAAUCACUCCAAGGGGGUGGACUGGAGUAGUCUAGUUAACAACGAACCAGGAUAAAAAUCAUUGUGCAAAUUGUUUUUAUCUUAAAAGUUUUAAAAGCUACACUUAUUCAAACCCCCCCUUUCUAAGUGUUUUUCUAUCCUUCAAUUGGAAUCAGAGCGCCGGUUCUAAGGUGCAAGCACUUAACCGUGUUUAGAAAAGAUUCAGGAAGAGAAAAACGCUUAAGUCAAGAUGUCUGUUGAAAAUCCAACAAAUACAUCUACAUCUGACUCAGCUAAGCAAAACAAUGGAAAUGGUAACAAUGGUUAUACUAGACCACCAGUAUUUGAUGGUGAAAACUUUGAAUACUGGAAAGAUAAACUUGAAAGUUACUUCCUUGGACUAGAUGGUGACUUAUGGGAUCUGCUGAUGGAUGGUUACAAACAUCCAGUGAAAGCUACUGGUGUAAAGCUUACAAGACAAGAAAUGAAUGAUGAUCAAAAGAAGCAAUUCAAAAAUCAUCAUAAGUGUAGGAUUGUUUUGCUGAAUGCUAUCUCUCAUGCUGAAUAUGAGAAGAUAUCUAACAGUGAAACUGCCUAUGAUAUAUAUGAGUCAUUGAAAAUGACCCAUGAAGGAAAUGCCCAAGUCAAGGAGACUAAAGCUCUUGCCUUGAUCCAGAAAUAUGAAGCCUUUAAGAUGGAGGAUGAUGAAAAUAUUGAGAAGAUGUUCUCAAGAUUUCAAACGCUAACUGCUGGAUUGAGAGUUCUUGACAAGGGAUACACAAGGGCUGAUCAUGUCAAGAAGAUCAUCAGAAGCUUGCCAAGAAGAUGGGGUCCUAUGGUGACUGCUUUCAAAAUUGCCAAGAAUCUGAAUGAAGUCUCUCUUGAAGAAUUGAUCAGUGCUCUGAGGAGUCAUGAAAUUGAGCUGUAUGCUAAUGAACCUCAGAAGAAAGGUAAGUCUAUUGCAUUAAAAUCCAAUUAUAAAAAAUGCACUAACGCUUUUCAGGCUGAAGAAGUAGAUUCUGAAGAAUCAGAAUCAGAAGAAGAAGAUGAACUGUCCAUGAUCUCCAGAAGGGUAAACCAACUCUGGAAGAGCAAGCAAAGGAAGUUCAAAAGCUUCAGAAGUUUAAAGAAGCCUGAAAGAGGAGAAUCUUCUGGAGGCAGAAGAUCUGACAAGAAGAAGGUCAUCUGCUAUGAAUGCAAUGAGCCUGGACACUUCAAGAAUGAAUGUCCAAAACUUCAGAAGGAGAAUCCCAAGAAGAAGUUUCAUAAGAAGAAAGGUCUUAUGGCAACAUGGGAUGAUUCAGAAUCAGAAUCAGAAUCAGACUCUGAAGGCAAGCAGGCAAACCUUGCACUGAUGGCCAUAGUGGAUGACGGAUCAGAAUCUAUAUCAGAAUCAGAUUCUGAAGAGGUAUUUUCUGAACUAUCUAGAGAAGAGUUAGUUUCCAGUUUAACUGAACUUCUGGAACUCAAGGCUCAUAUUAGUAUCAAAUACAAAAAGCUGAAAAAGCUAUUUGAAUUUGAAACUAAGAAGCUGGAAGUGGAAAAUUCUGAACUAAAGGAAAAAGUUUUAAAAUUAUCCAAAGAUAUUGGAUCUCCUUCUGAAUCAGAAAAAUCCAUUCCUAGUCUCAAUCAUAUUCUGAAAGAAUAUGACUCGAGCUUCAGAAAGUUUCUAUCUAGAAGUAUUGGCAGAAGUCAUCUUGCUUUUAUGAUAUAUGGUGUUUCUGGAAACAAAAGGAUUGGCGUUGGGUAUGAGGGUGAUAUCCCACGUAAAUUUGAACCUGUAGAUUAUUUGAAAAUCACAUACAAGCCAUUGUAUGAUCACUUCAAAUAUGGCCACUCAUAUGAUAUUAGGCUCACUUCACAUGCUAAAAACUUUAACACUACACACACCAAGAAGCAUGUGACACAACCUAAAAAAUAUCAGGCUGCCAAACCUAAAGAAUAUCAUGCUGUUCCUCCUGUUAUUUAUCAUGCUAAACCCAAGUUCAAUCAGAACUUGAGGAACAUUAACAAGAAAGGACCUAAGAAACUGUGGGUACCUAAGGAGAAGAUAAUUUCUGUUGCAGAUAUCCUUAGCAGCAAAGAAGACAAAGCACAAAAUGUCACGGUACCUGGACUCUGGGUGCUCGCGACACAUGACGGGAAGAAGGUCUAUGUUCCAAGACCUGGUGCUUAAAUCUGGUGGAGAAGUCAAGUUUGGAGGAGAUCAGAAGGGCAAGAUUAUUGGCUCUGGAACCAUAAGUAUUGGUAACUCUCCUUCCAUAACUAAUGUACUUCUUGUAGAAGGAUUAGCGCAUAACUUAUUGUCCAUAAGUCAAUUAAGUGACAAUGGUUAUGACAUAAUCUUCAAUCAAGAGUCUUGCAAGGCUGUAAGUCAGAAGGAUGGCUCAAUCCUAUUUACAGGCAAGAGAAAGAACAACAGUUAUAAGAUUGAUCUUUCUGAUCUUGAGAAGCAGAAGGUGACUUGCCUUAUGUCUGUUUCUGAAGAGCAAUGGGUCUGGCACAGAAGAUUAGGACAUGCUAGUUUGAGAAAGAUUUCUCAGAUUAACAAACUAAAUAUGGUCAGAGGACUCCCAAAUCUGAAAUACAAAUCAAAUGCUCUUUGUGAAGCAUGUCAGAAGGGCAAGUUCUCCAAACCGGAUUCAAAUCUAAGAAUGUUGUCUCUUCCUCAAGGCCGUUAGAACUUCUGCACAUUGAUCUGUUUGGACCAGUCAAAACAGCAUCUUUUAGAGGGAAGAAAUAUGGAUUAGUCAUCGUAGAUGAUUAUAGCCGCUGGACAUGGGUAAAGUUCUUAAAACACAAGGAUGAGUCUCAUUCAGUCUUCUUUGAAUUCUGCACUCAGAUUCAAUCUGAGAAGGAGUGCAAAAUCAUAAAGGUCAGAAGUGAUCAUGCUGGUGAAUUUGAGAACAGAUUCUUUGAGGAGUUCUUCAAAGAAAAUGGUAUUGCCCAUGAUUUCUCCUGCCCUAGAACUCCACAGCAAAAUGGAGUUGUAGAGCGAAAGAAUAGGACUCUACAAGAAAUGGCCAGAACCAUGAUAAAUGAAACCAAUAUGGCUAAGCACUUCUGGGCAGAAGCAAUAAACACUGCAUGUUAUAUUCAGAAUAGAAUCUCUAUAAGACCUAUUCUAAAUAAGACUCCUUAUGAAUUGUGGAAGAACAGAAAGCCCAAUAUUUCAUAUUUUCAUCCUUUUGGAUGUGUUUGUUUUAUUCUGAAUACUAAAGAUCAUCUUGGUAAGUUUGAUUCUAAGGCACAAAAAUGUUUCCUUCUUGGAUAUUCUGAACGCUCAAAAGGCUACAAAGUAUACAACACUGAAACAUUGGUUGUAGAAGAAUCAAUCAAUAUCAGAUUUGAUGAUAAGCUUGGUCUUGAAAAGCCAAAGCAGUUUGAGAAUUUUGCAGAUAUAGAUAUUGAUAUAUCAGAAGCUGUAGAACCAAGAAGCAAAGUUUCAGAAGCAAAGAAUCAGAAGAUCAAGUUGUUGCAUCUUUAGAGAAUCUCAAAAUUUAUGAAGAGCCAACAGUAAGAAGAUCUUCUAGACUCACCUCAGCUCACUCAGAAGAUGUGAUCCUUGGAAAGAAAUAUGAUCCUAUUAGAACCAGAGCAUUCCUUAAGAACAAUGCAGAAUGUCAAUUAGGUCUUGUUUCUUUAAUCGAGCCAACUUCUGUUGAUCAAGCUCUAGAAGAUCUAGACCGGAUAAUUGCCAUGCAAGAAGAACUAAAUCAGUUUACAAGGAAUGAUGUAUAGGAUUUGGUUCCUAGACCAAAAGGAUUCAACAUCAUUGGUACAAAGUGGGUUUUCAGAAACAAGCUUAGUGAGAAGGGAGAAGUGGUAAGAAACAAAGCCAUACUGAAACCUUUGCACCAGUGGCCAGGUUAGAAUCUAUUCGCUUAUUAAUUUCUUUUGCCACUCAGCAUAACAUCACUCUGUAUCAGAUGGAUGUUAAGAGUGCCUUCUUAAAUGGUUAUAUAGAUGAGGAAGUCUAUGUCCACCAACCUCCUGGUUUUGAAGACUCUAAGUCUCCAGAACAUGUUUUCAAACUUAAGAAAUCAUUGUAUGGAUUGAAGCAAGCUCCUAGAGCUUGGUACAAAAGAUUAAGUUCUUUCCUUCUGGACAAUGGUUUCACUAGAGGACAAGUGGAUACGACUCUCUUCUGUAAAACAUCUAAGAAGGACAUUUUAAUUUAUCAAAUUUAUGUUGAUGAUAUUAUUUUUGGAACAUCUAAUGCUUCACUUGGAAAGGAGUUUGCUAAGUCUAUGGAGGCUGAAUUUGAAAUGAGUAUGAUGGGUGAACUCAAGUAUUUUCUUGGGAUUCAAAUCAAUCAAACUUCUGAUGGUACUUAUGUUCAUCAAACGAAGUAUGUGAAAGAACUUCUGAAGAAGUUUAAUCUUUCUGAAAGCAAAGAAGCCAAAACUCCUAUGCAUCCAACGUGUGUUCUAGGUAAGGAUGAGGUAAGUAAGAAGGUAGAUCAGAAGUUGUACAGAGGUAUGAUUGGAUCUCUUCUAUAUUUAACUGCUUCUAGACCUGACAUUCUAUUCAGUGUUUGUUUCUGCGCUAGAUUCCAAUCAGAUCCUAGAGAAUCUCACUUAACUGCUGUUAAGAGAAUUAUGAGGUAUCUGAAAGGUACUACUAAUGUUGGUUUAGUCUACAGAAGAUCUAAAGAAUACAACUGAGUAGAAUUUUGUGAUGCUGACUAUGCUGGAGAUAGAAUUGAAAGGAAAAGUACUUCUGGAAGUUGUCAAUUUCUAGGAAGUCAUCUGAUCUCCUGGUACAGCAAGAAGCAAGCUACCAUUGCCCUCUCAACAACAGAAGCAGAAUAUGUUGCUGCUGCUGGUUGUAGCACACAAAUGCUCUGGAUGAAGAGUCAGCUAGAAGAUUAUCAAAUAUAUGAGAGUAACAUUCCUAUCUUCUGUGAUAAUACUUCUGCCAUAUGUUUAUCUAAGAAUCCUAUCUUACAUUCCAAAGCUAAACAUAUUGAGAUUAAACAUCAUUUCAUUAGGGACUAUGUUCAAAAGGGUGUUCUCUCCUUAAACUUUGUGGAUACAGACCAUCAAUGGGCUGAUAUCUUUACAAAACCCCUUGCUGAAGAUAGGUUUAAGUUCAUUCUGAAGAAUAUCAGUAUGGAUUUAUGCCUAGAAUGAGAAGAUGAGAAGAUCUCAUGUAUGGUUAAAUUCUGAAAUGUGUCGAGAUUAUGUGUUUAUAAGAAGUUCUGAUAAUGAUCAAUUAGAAGUUCUGAUUCUGUUAUUACUAACGUUUUAUUAUCUAAGUUGAUUCAGAAUCUCUUUUAAAGUAAAACAGCUGUCACCAGUUUUUCCUGAAAAGGAACACGUGUUCACUAUUUUUGGACAAGCAUGCGUGCAGUUGAGGAGACGCCGCCCUAGGUAACUGUGCAAAUCAUUUCAUUUUGUCACUUUAUCUCUCCUAACGUCACAUCUCAUUAAAUGAAAAUUGAUGUCAUGUUUUUCUGAAAUCAUUUCGUUUAAACCAUAUUGCAUUUAUUAUUUUUUCUCUUAUUCAAUCUUUUAAAUACCUCUCUUCAUCUUCUUUUCAUUCUUUUCACUCUCUCUCUUCAUUCGUCCCUCUCUUUUUGCAUUCAUCGCAUAAACCCUAGUUUGUGUCUGCAACUUAGCAUCUCAUCAUGAAUCCUUCGUCAAGUUCCUCAAGCCAAGCAAAAGUUUCUUCCACUCAUCUGGUGUUUAGCAAGCAUGGGUAUGCUCCGUUGAAGACCUGCUCCAUUCCUACUGCAGAGAUGGAAGUUCUUUGUGAGUCUUCAGUGGACUUUGAAAAUCUGAGAGCACAUGGUUUCAAACCUGAAGCAAAGACAAUGGCACAAGGAUGGUCAAAUUACCUUGAUAGAUUGGUUGGACCAAUUUAUCUGGCUCUUGUAAAAGAUUUCUGGGCUCAUGCAACGGUUACUCCAACUGCAAUCAUCUCCUUCGUGUUAGGGCAUGAAGUUGUGAUUACUGAGAAAUUGAUAAGGAAGCUGUACAACCUGGAUGAUGAAGAAGGAUGUACUGGUCCACUUCCUGCCAGAGUUAGUUGGCCACAGGUUGAAGGACAAAUAUCUUAUGCUACUGGUCUUCAAUCUCACCAAACUGGUACAUUGAGGGCGUUCUAUCAAGUCUAGGCUGAAAUUAUUCUGGGAUCUCUUCAUCGUAGAAGAAGAUCAUUAUCCUCCAUGUACAUUAGUCCUGAUCACAAAUACACUCUCUUCUGCAUUGGAAGAAAAAUUGAACUGAACAUCUCCAACAUUCUGUUUCAGAAUCUGAAGAUGGCUAUUGAAGAGUCAAGAGAUGAAGAACGUGAGAAGUAUCCUCAUCUUCAAAUAAAUACUAUUCCUUUCGCCAGAAUGAUCUCAGACAUUCUGAUAGAAAGUGAUUUGAUGGACUCUCUAAGGACUAUUGGAACGUCCAAAUUCUUUGGAGCCAUUCAAGGGCAUGUCAUCAAUGCUUUUGAUCUGCUAAGACUGGAACUUAUCACGAAGGUAACUUCGGUUCCUGUAAUCUCCCCAGAUAUUCUGACCAGAAGAAUUCAGGUGGAAGGCUUUGCUAUCUUGUUCCAAGCAGAACUUCACAAGGCUGUUAAGCAAUAUUUGGAAGCUUCUGUAAGAACUCAAUCUUCUGUUGAUCCUGCGUGGAUUCGUGGAAGAGUGCUUCCUUCUCUGAAAAUUAAAAGUCUCAUAUAAUCAUGGAUUUUUAUUUCAACAAAGAUCCUGAUAUAUGAAAUACUUAGUUUUUAGAAUUUUUCUUAUACAGUAAUUUGGCUUGCAGUUGAAUUUAUUCUUACGCAAACGCCAAAUACUGUUUAUUACUUCACACAUGCUAUUUAUUUAUUUACAGAUAAAUAGUACUGACACAAUUGGUACAGAGUUAAAUCUUUUUGCAGGCGCAGAAUCAGGAAACUCAGACUGUACUGGUAACAAGUAGAUUAUUAUUAUCUUUUGUUUCCCACUAAUUUUUGUACUAUAUUCCAUUAUUUUCAAAAAAAUCUUUUCAAAUCUCUUUUUCAAAAAUCAAAUCUCUCUUUUUCCCAACACUAUCUCCACUUUCUUUCAAAUCUUACUUCCACUCAAAUUUUCCUUUUGUACGGAAUCACAUCAUUCCCCAACGUCUCUAUCCUCCUUUCCAUUCUAUAAAUACCUCUCAUUUUCUUCCAUAAAAUCUCACAUCAAAUUCUAAUUCAUCUCUCAAAUUUCCACUUCAUAAUCCAUCCUUUCUUCUUCCCCGACAAAAUGGCAAAGCGGUGGGAAACGUGUUUUCUUAUGGUCAUCACCAUUGCUACGGUGAUCAUGUCUUUCUUCUGUCUACAUAGCCCGGAACACUGUGGACCUGGGAUGCUUAUGCUCCCAAUCAUCUACAUGUUACUAUUUGUAGCAUGGGUUAUCAAUCGUCAUUCUUAAAAUUUGCCGUGUUUCUUAUUUCUUAAAUGUACCGUUUAUUCGUCGUACUGUUCAAUAUAGUAUGUAAUAUUUGUACUGUCAGUAUUAAAUGUUGUACUAUUUGUCAUAAUAUUGCUUAAUUACUCAGAUAAUAUUUUAUGUGUUUUCUGCCAGUCAAAUAUUCAUUUUUCUGUGCAUUAAAUGAUUUUCAGGGUUAUUAUCGGUAAUUUUGCCCGCAUACAGUAAAUAUUAGUUAUUUAUUAUGUCUGUGUUUUUCUAACAAGUCAUGUAAAUAAACUUUCAUUUUUCACAUAAAACAAAAAACAAAAACAACAAAAAAGAAAAUUAACUUUGACUGUUGAUUUUUCACUCUAACUGCUACAUCAAUACCUGGACAGUCAGUUGACAGCCAAACUGCUGGCAGUACAAUUCUCAGUGUUUUGUACCAUCAAUCAAAUCAAUCUUUCACAAUUCAAAAUUCCAAGAUUUUUGUUCUAGAAGUCUUCUGAAUAUCACGCGAUUAGCAGAGACUCAACACUGCACAAAAAUCAGGUACGCUUAACUGUCUCCUACAUAAACAGUCCCUGACUAGGGUUUUCUUGUUUUUACAGGAGAAACAAGUUUUUGAGAGCUCAAAUGGAUUUCAUGCACAUCCAUAUAUCUCAAAGUACCAUCAUACAAAUUUUCAAACUUCAAUUCACUCAGACGCACCAUCAUACAAAUUCUAAAUACUUAGUUUUUAGAAUUUUUCUUAUACAGUAAUUUGGCUUGCAGUUGAAUUUAUUCUUACGCAAACGCCAAAUACUGUUUAUUACUUCACACAUGCUAUUUAUUUAUUUACAGAUAAAUAGUACUGACACAAUUGGUACAGAGUUAAAUCUUUUUGCAGGCGCAGAAUCAGGAAACUCAGACUGUACUGGUAACAAGUAGAUUAUUAUUAUCUUUUGUUUCCCACUAAUUUUUGUACUAUAUUCCAUUAUUUUCAAAAAAAUCUUUUCAAAUCUCUUUUUCAAAAAUCAAAUCUCUCUUUUUCCCAACACUAUCUCCACUUUCUUUCAAAUCUUACUUCCACUCAAAUUUUCCUUUUGUACGGAAUCACAUCAUUCCCCAACGUCUCUAUCCUCCUUUCCAUUCUAUAAAUACCUCUCAUUUUCUUCCAUAAAAUCUCACAUCAAAUUCUAAUUCAUCUCUCAAAUUUCCACUUCAUAAUCCAUCCUUUCUUCUUCCCCGACAAAAUGGCAAAGCGGUGGGAAACGUGUUUUCUUAUGGUCAUCACCAUUGCUACGGUGAUCAUGUCUUUCUUCUGUCUACAUAGCCCGGAACACUGUGGACCUGGGAUGCUUAUGCUCCCAAUCAUCUACAUGUUACUAUUUGUAGCAUGGGUUAUCAAUCGUCAUUCUUAAAAUUUGCCGUGUUUCUUAUUUCUUAAAUGUACCGUUUAUUCGUCGUACUGUUCAAUAUAGUAUGUAAUAUUUGUACUGUCAGUAUUAAAUGUUGUACUAUUUGUCAUAAUAUUGCUUAAUUACUCAGAUAAUAUUUUAUGUGUUUUCUGCCAGUCAAAUAUUCAUUUUUCUGUGCAUUAAAUGAUUUUCAGGGUUAUUAUCGGUAAUUUUGCCCGCAUACAGUAAAUAUUAGUUAUUUAUUAUGUCUGUGUUUUUCUAACAAGUCAUGUAAAUAAACUUUCAUUUUUCACAUAAAACAAAAAACAAAAACAACAAAAAAGAAAAUUAACUUUGACUGUUGAUUUUUCACUCUAACUGCUACAUCAAUACCUGGACAGUCAGUUGACAGCCAAACUGCUGGCAGUACAAUUCUCAGUGUUUUGUACCAUCAAUCAAAUCAAUCUUUCACAAUUCAAAAUUCCAAGAUUUUUGUUCUAGAAGUCUUCUGAAUAUCACGCGAUUAGCAGAGACUCAACACUGCACAAAAAUCAGGUACGCUUAACUGUCUCCUACAUAAACAGUCCCUGACUAGGGUUUUCUUGUUUUUACAGGAGAAACAAGUUUUUGAGAGCUCAAAUGGAUUUCAUGCACAUCCAUAUAUCUCAAAGUACCAUCAUACAAAUUUUCAAACUUCAAUUCACUCAGA